AUGGCCGCAGCAAAGACACAGUCGCUUUACUCCUCGCUCAAACUCACCCACAAUGUCACCAAGACAUCUUCGGGCUCAGAGGUCGUCCCUCUCCUCCAAGGCAAGUUCUCUUUGUUCGUUCCCGAACUUCCAGGCUAUGGCACUUCGACGCCCAUCCGGGAUCCGGCGUCGAAUACGAAGCGCGCUGUAGGCACCGCCUUGCUGGAGGCCCUCGCCGACGUCUUCAAGACCAGAACGGCAUCUUCUCCAAGACGCGUCGUUCUAGGCGGUCACGAUCGCGGCGCACGCAUCAGUCACCGUCUUUCAGUCGACUUUUCCCACCCAGACCAAUCCUCACCCGCCCUGUACAAGGACUUGAAUCUGACGGUCCCCGGCACGAUCCUGCUCGAUAUAAUCCCGACCAAGGAACAGUGGACCGCCUUCUCUGACCCGGCCAUAUGCCAGGGGUACUUUCACUGGCCACUCCUGGCCAACGCCGACCUGGCGACAGAGAUGAUCUCUGCGUACGGCGGCGGCAGAUGGGCAAGGGAAGCGCACACACGCAUCUCCGGCCCCAACCCGAAAGCGCUGGAGAGAGUCUCGUCUCACGAUGCCCUCGACGUAUACGCUGGCCUGUUCAGUGACAGGGAUGUCAUCUACUACUCUUCUCUCGACUACGCGGCGGGUGCGGCUCCUGAGGCGACGGAGCAAGACGAGGACCAGAAGGCAGGAAGGAAAGUCGGCGUGCCGUUGCUCGUCAUGUUCAGCAAAGCGAAGCUAGGGGCACGCAUUGACGUCGAAAGCACAUGGAGAAGCUGGAUCGCAGAUGGAAUCGAUUACGAAGGUUACGGCGUGGGAGACGGCUAUGGUCACUAUUUGCCCGAGGAGGCCUUCGAGAUCGUCGCAGAGAAGAUGUCGGCAUUUGUCAAAAAAGUGACAUGA